UCUGCCUUGUUAACCCGUGCAAUUCUUCAAAAUCGUCUCUCUUUUAUCCGUAAGAAUUGAAACAUGUCUAGCUGCGGAGGAAACUGUGGCUGCGGCUCUGGUUGCAAGUGCGGCAACGGCUGUGGAGGAUGCAAGAUGGUCCCUGACAUAGUUGACGAGAGGACCACAACCGAGACUCUUGUUCUUGGCGUGGCACCCCAGAAAACGCAUUUUGAGGGAUCUGAGAUGGGAGUUGGGGCUGAGAAUGGGUGCAAGUGUGGAGACAAUUGCACCUGCAACCCCUGCAAUUGUAAAUGAGAGCAUGAAAACAUCCAUGAAACCAGACUGGCCUUCUUUGUCUUUUAUUAACAAAUAAUUCUAUAAUUAGUGUAUAUCAGCAAAUCUUCAUCUAGAUUUGCCAUAGUUAUAUGGUGGAAUAAUUGUAUUCAGUUCUUGAUUAUGUGCAUAUCAGUUUUUCUGCUAUGUCAGAAAUAUGCUAUGAUGAUAUUGGUGUAAGAAAGUAUGUUUUCUAAUGA